UAAUCCACUGACUGUUGGAACCAUGGCCAGACUUUCUAUCUACCCUGUGCUGGAAAAUAUAUUUCAACAUAACUAACACCACAAAACAUAGCCACUGCCAUUCAUAGCAGCACAAAUAUUGCUGCGUGCUUGUAUAAAGCUUCGACGUCACAACGUCAUUAUCAGCAAAGAAAAUUUUGUGAACCAAGCAGGAUUAUAUUGUCCGUUUCAAAUAUCGUAACAAAUCAUAUUAUUUUUUGUAAAAAUUCGAGUGAAAUAAUCGUCAAUUUGCUAAACUCAUAUUCUUCAAUAAUAUCAAAUUCUAGUCAGAUUGUUCUGCAGUCACACUGGUGUGGCAUACGGAAAGCUUUUUUAUAUAAAUUCGCGAUUGUCGUUUUGAAACUUUUUCGUACAUUUUUUUUUGUAGUUAAUUUCGUUUGAGUAUAACAGAACGAAUUUUCAGUGGUAGAAAAACUGUCGUGCAUAAAACCGAAUAUUGAUUUUCCUGUGUUGUGUGUGGGCAUAUAAUGUUUUAAACCGAGUUUUAUUGAAAAGGUGGUUUUUGUAUAGCGACGAUAAACAUUUAAGAUGGUUUAAGAUAACAAUAUAAAUUGCUACCAUAUGUGCGGAAAAAUAAUGCAAAAAGAAACGAUGUUUCAAUUAAUUGUGCUUAUGAUAGAGCUAGGAUUUUGUAUACAAAUUUCGUUAGCUGAAACGGAAUAUUUUCCAGGUCUACGAAAACCACCUCAAUCGCCAAGUUGGGGCCAAGUUCAAAGUCAAAAUGAAAAUGCAUAUCUUCUAUCUCAAUUAACGAAUAUCAUCGAAGAGCAGGCUCGACGUCACUAUCAGCAACAACUGCAGCAUCAAAAGAAUCUCCAAAUGAAGCAUCAACACAAUCAUGGCCCAUCGCCACCAGACGAUGAUUUUUUCCAACGUACACCUGCGUUUUCCUAUGAAUUUCCCGAAAAAACUUCGUCUGACGACGCGAUUCCGUUCGCAAUAAGUCCGGCCGAUCCACGAUUCUAUGAUUCCACCACAGAACUGCGAGAUAACUAUGAACGAUCUCAAGAUGAUAACGUUCAAUAUGCAGUCGAACAAAACAAGUUGAGUCAGUCGCACAGUACUGAUGAUAAGGUACCAUCUUAUAAAAUGAAGGCACCGAUGGAAGUGAAACCGAAGACCAAUAACAAUUUGUCAUCGAAGUCAAUGGAUGUUUUCACCCGGAAUGAUUUGAAACUUUUGUACGAGGAAUUGCAGAAAAAUGGACAAGAGGAUGUGAUCAUCAAUUCGGGUCUAAAUGGUCGAUUUAGGAGCGAUGUAAUCAAAAAACAUAUGGAAAUGGAUUCCGCAACGGGAAUGUACGUUGUAGCGUUGAUUGCUGGCGUGAGUGCUGCAGUAACCGUUGGACUUAUUGCAUUGGGAAUAGGUUGGUAUACCUUGCAUAAAAAAGGAAUUGCGGCCGCUGAUGUCGAAUAUCCAGCAUACGGAGUUACUGGUCCAAACAAAGAGAUUUCACCAUCGGGUGAUCGACGGUUGGCACAGAGUGCUCACAUGUAUCACUACCAGCAUCAAAAGCAACAGAUCAUAGCGAUGGAAAAUCGUGUCAACAACGACCGCAACGGUUCGUUGUCGGAUGUAGAGAGUGAUGAUGAAAACGAAGAAGGAGAUUACACGGUGUACGAGUGUCCCGGACUAGCGCCGACUGGCGAGAUGGAAGUUAAAAAUCCACUGUUCCUCGACGAUCCAACUCCAGCCACUCCAGCAAAUGCGAACAAUUCGAAAAAGGCAUCUCAAACACUUCCAUCUAAUGCACCUUCAGCCAAGUCAAAUCAAACGAACGAAGGCAAAAAGUAAAACUUUUUCUUACCAAUUUUUUUCCUUAAAUUAACAUGACUGCGGCCUCUUGUCGUCCUUAAAUCAUUAAAAAAAA